AUGCGAUACAUCGAGUACCUCGUCCGCGGCCGCGUCCAAGGCGUAAACUUCCGCGCCUGGACGGCGAAGGAAGCGAAGCAGCUCAACGUCACGGGCUACAUCCAGAACACGCCCGAGGGGCACGUCGCCGGCGCCGCGCUCGGCUCUGACGAAGAUAUCGAGCACUUUAAGAAGUUGCUGGGCAAGGGUCCCAGCAUCGCACAGGUGACGGGUGUGGAGAUCCAGAAGGAGGAGACAGUGGAGAAGCCGGAGGAUAUCAAGUGGGGUUUGAAGGAUUUUACUGUUCGACGGUGA